GUUUAGAUCAGACUUUGACUGCAUAGAGAAUAUGGGCGAAGGAACCUAUGGUCAAGUUUUUAAGGCAAUAGAAAAACUGACUGGGAAGAAUCAUGCAAUAAAAAUUGUACAAUGUGGAGAUAUUGAAAAAGCUCUGCCAGAGGUGAAGACAUUGAUAAAACUCCAUCACGAUAACAUCGUGCGAUACUUCACCUGUUGGUUGGAGGAUUCAGGAUACAGUCCAGAUGAGAGUGGCAGCUCUACACAGUGUUCUAUCAAUCCAUCGAUAAGGUACUUAUAUAUUCAGCUGGAGUUGUGUGAUUACACACUCAGAGUGUGGAUAGACGAGAAGAAUGAGGAGAAAUCUCUGCGAGACUCCAAGAGAAGAGAAGAGGCUCUAACUAAGUUUCAGCAAAUAGUCAGAGGAGUCGAGUACAUUCACUCUAAGAUGCUCAUCCACAGGGACCUGAAGCCUGCCAACAUCAUGAUUGGGCAAGAUGGACAAGUGAAGAUCGUAGACUUUGGUAUGGUCACAUAUGACAACGAUGCUGAGAACCCGAGGAACAGAUUGAUGUACAAAGGAACUCGUUCAUACAUGGCUCCUGAGCAGAAACUGCAAAAGACUUAUGACCGAAAAGUUGAUAUCUUUCCUUUGGGGUUGAUGUACUCUGAACUCCUCUGGAAAAUGCCCACGGGUCAUGAAAGGGCCGUGGUUCUGACCGACCUCAGAGAGCAGACAUUUCCCAAAGAGUUUCAACACAAUUUCUACCAUGAGUACUUAGUAAUAAAGCCAAUGCUGUGUGAGAAGCCAGAACAGCGACCUGAAGCAAGUCAGCUCGACGCCGACUUGAAAAAGAUCUCCGAUAGCUUAGACAUUGAAGAAAUGCAACGUCGCGGAAGCAGGAGUAUCUGAUCCUAUGAUCCUGU